AUACACAGUACGGAUAAAUGGGGUUGGACCAACUGUGGUUCCGCCUCUGAUCCGAUUCAAAUCGAGUCCAUCGAGGUGACUCCCGACCCUCCUAAGCCUGGCCAGGACUUAACUGUCCUGGUCAAAGGUACUGCGCAAGACGCAGAGGGAGCAUACGCCGAUGUGACCGUGAAAUUGGGUCUUAUCAAGCUUCUGCACAAGCAAUUCGAUGUCUGCGAGGAGGCUCGAAAUGCCAAUGCAUCUGUGCGGUGUCCUGUCGAGAAGGGUUAUUAUGAGGUCGAGCAGACGGUUACAUUACCCAAGGAAAUCCCACAGGCCAAAUUCACGGUCAAUGUCCGCGGAUAUACUGUUGAUGAUGAUGACUUGUUAUGCUUGGAUUUGGUGGUGGACUUUAUGAAGAAG